CCUAUCUGGUUCUGUGUCUUCUCUGGCUGUCCCGGCAUUUCCUUGAAACCUUUCGACCAUGUACAUUUCGACGCAUCGGUCCCAGAUCACUUCUUCCAAGAUCAACCUGUUAGUGACCUUUCGCCAAGGACACCCUCUAGCGGUCUUGAAAGGCCUCAACGAGCUCUGCAGAAUGGGACAGGUGCAGAAUAUCCCAUCUACCCCGUCAUAAUAAAACUCGCAGUCAAGUAUGGCGAUCAGAUUAUCAUGCGUCAGAAAGACGGAUGCGCAGUUUGUCAUAUGCCAGCACAAAGCUUUGUUCACCGUCCUAUCUGUGUCACAAGGAAUGGUUAUCUUGAACUUCCAGACUUCACCCUUCUCUAUAGGCUUAUGAUGUCCUUUGCCUAUUACACUUCCGAUAUUGGGUCUAUUAUUGACAAAUACCGGGCUACCAGCAAUUUCCUGAAUGACAGACCUUAUCUGUGUGCAAUAGCGGCUCCUGUCUGUGCACCCAAAAAUAAGUGUCAUGACCUAGUCUCGAGGAACGUCAAGGCGUACAUCGAAUCUCUGUGCGAGGGUCAGCUCAAGUUUACCAGGCUGCGAGAAGCCUUUGAGUCCAGACUGGCUGAGACUUGUGAUAUAUCAAAACCGUCUUCUCCUAAUGAUGGCGACGCCGAAGGAGGGGAUCUUGAGCAGUCCAACAUCGUCACGAAAUCUAGUCCCAGGCCUCCUCGACGCCAAAAUGAAUCCCCUAAUCCACCUCGAGAUGAAGAGUGCGAAAUCACCGCAGCUAUCCUUGUGGGCAGACCACGGCUUCAAAUCGUUGAUCCUCCUCCGCGUGGCUGCCUUAGUUGUUUUGUUUUCUCUUCCAUCUGGCCAAAAGAUACUUUACCGAACCCUUUCAAGAACAAAGCUGAUUUGGCCAUUGACUGCUGUCGGGUUCUUGCUUCGCUUGAAGAAGACAUUCUUCGCAGUACGGAAUACCGAUGCGCCAUCUGUUCUGAGCUCGUCAAGGCAACAUGCUUACUCCACCAUCCCAUAUCCAUUUCAGUGCACUGGCAAUCUGAAGCGAUCAGGAAGGCUGUCAUGGCCAUGUUCCAGUUUGUGAAGGGCUCCUGGAAUUUCCCAGAAACGGAGUUAGUCUUCGGGUCCAACAAGAGAGCACACAUAUUCGACUUUGCCGUUCCUAUUUGUGCACCAGGAACCAUAUGCGAAGAUGUUGCAAGAACAGCCGCGCGGGAGUUUAUCAAACUUGUUUUACCAGAGAGUCUGCAGAUGCAGUUUCCUGGGUUGGAACCUGACACAGACCUUCCAAGCUUGCGAGAUGGGUUAGGAUGGGCACGUAACGACUCACAGCUGGUUCUUCAGAAGAUGGGCUCUGAAGGUCUCAUGAGCGAGAAAGCAGACAGAGGAGAAAAUCCUGAAGAUAGCACUUUGACAAUCACAAAGCUACGGCGCUGGCAUGAAAUGUGCUUUAGCCAGGAACUGAUCAAACGACAAUUCCUCAGGAAACACGGGUAUAGGAGAGCAGGGGAUAAUUCAGAUUCGGAAAGCGACGAUACGGAGGCUGAU